AUGGCCGCCGAGCAAAGUUCCCUCUAUGUCUGCAAGUGGCUAGACUGCACCAUUUCCUUUGACGACCCCGAGGCGCUCUACGCCCACCUCACCAACGACCACGUCGGCCGCAAGUCCCGCAACAAUCUGUGUCUCCAAUGCCACUGGGACUCGUGCAAGGUCGAGACCUUCAAGCGAGAUCACAUCACAUCGCAUCUGCGCAUCCACGUCCCGCUGAAGCCGCAUCUCUGCCCCGUCUGCCACAGAGCCUUCAAGCGCCCGCAGGAUCUCAAAAAGCACGACAAGGUUCAUGAGCCUCGGGCUGUCCCCGAGCCCGAGUCCGAGUCCGGCUCGCUUGGCUUCUAUCCCGACCAGGGCCAGCUCCUGGUCCCUCCCUAUGGCAUCCACGGCAUUCCGUCACCCCUGCCCGGCGGCCAAAAGAUGUUCCCCAUGCUGGCCGUGACUCCUCCCCCGGCCCAGGCGGAUUUCGACGGCUCCUAUAUCCUUAACGGCCCCUACGCCGUCGAGGUUCCCUAUCCUGUUCGCGAGUACAAGCCUGUCUCGCCGGACAUGACCGAAUACGACCCUUCGAUGAGAUUAGGUAUGUCGCUCUGCUGCUGCCGCCAGCCUUCUGCCGUGUGUCCCGAGUGA